CUGUGCUCUCGAUCUCCCGAAGGAUACGCUCGUGUUCGGCGGCUGUCUCCACACUCGCCAUCCUGCAUGUUGCUCAGGACGGUUCCGAGCUGCGAGCUGAGCGGACUGUCUGGGCUCCGUGCGUCACGCAGGAGGAACCGGAGGCCCAAAAAGAAGUUGAUAAACUCAGCAGAUAGCUGUGUGGACGAGGCUCUCUGUGGCCUCGUGAGGGCCAGUGGGGGCCUGUCACUGCUGAAGGGCCACAGAGUUGUGCUACGGUCCGACCUGGACAAUCUGAGAGGCAAAGUGGCCCUGCUGUCUGGAGGAGGUUCGGGACAUGAGCCGGCACACGGGGGGUAUCUUGGGGCAGGUAUGCUGUCAGCAGCUGUAGCAGGUGGAGUAUUUGCUUCUCCACCUCCUGCCAGCAUCCUGGCUGCCAUCCUCUCCCUGCACAAUGCAGGAGCCUCCGGAGUCCUUCUCAUUGUGAAGAACUACACCGGCGAUCGCCUCAACUUUGGACUGGCAGCAGAGCAGGCCCAUAACCACGGCGUCGCUGUUGACAUGGUGAUAGUAGCAGAGGACUGCGCCUUUGACCAACCCAGCAAGGCCGGGAGGAGAGGCUUGUGUGGCACCAUCUUCAUACACAAGCUGGCAGGUGCCUUAGCAGAAGAAGGCUGCUCAUUGGACCAGAUUGUUUCCAAGGUGACAGAGAUUUUGAAGGGAAUAGGUACAUUGGGGGUGAGUCUUUCUCCGUGCAGCGUUCCAGGCUGCCUGCCUUCCUUUGACCUGCCUCCAGGAGACAUGGAGCUGGGACUGGGGAUCCACGGUGAACCUGGAAUUAAAAGGUCAAAGGUGGCAUCAGCAGAUGAGGUGGUGAAGACCAUGAUAGAUCACAUGACCAACCCCGACAGCCAAUCACAUCUGCUUCUUAAGUCAGGAGACACUGUGGUUGUGUGUGUGAACAACCUCGGAGCUCUGUCCUGCCUGGAGAUGGCUGUGGUUACAAGAGCGGCCAUCAUCUGUCUGGAGAGUCGAGGCGUGGUGGUUGCCAGGGUCAUGUCCGGGUCAUUCAUGACAUCGUUGGAGAUGGCGGGAGUGUCACUGACCCUGAUGAGAGCCAACCAGGAAACACUUCGACUGUUUGAUGCUAAGACUAGCGCCCCCGCCUGGCCAAACCUCAGCAGUGUGUGCGUAAGCGGACGCUGCUACAUCACAAAUCCUCAAGCCAUGAGCUCGCGGCCACAGGACGACACACACUCUGAAGGACCUCUGAGUCCGGUGAUGCGUAAAGCGUUAGAGAGAGUUUGUUCCACACUGUUAGAAAAACAGGAAGAACUCAACUCCCUGGACCGUGCUGCAGGGGACGGAGACUGUGGGAACACUCACUCGCAGGCUGCUAGAGCCAUUCAGGAGUGGCUUCAGGAUCACGUGGUCCCUGGUUGCCCUGGGAAACUGUUAUUAGUCCUCGCAGGAUUGGUGCAGGAGAAGAUGGGCGGGUCUUCAGGAGCGUUGUACAGUCUGUUCCUGACUGCUGCGGCUGGUCAUGUGACUGAGGGGCGGAGCAACGCCACAGCCUGGGCUAGUGCAGUGCAUGCUGGGACUCAGGCCAUGAGGAGAUACGGUGGCGCUGACCCUGGAGACAGAACGAUGUUGGAUGCUUUAUGUCCUGCUGUGGAGGAGCUGAUGAAGCUAUCCACAGCACCACCUGGUGGACAGUUGGCUGUGCUACAGACUGCUGUGCAGAAAGCGGCCUCAGGGGCAGAGUCCACCCGUGACCUCACAGCAAAGGCGGGGCGAGCCAGCUACAUCGCAGCUGAGCGGAUCAACCUGCCUGACCCCGGCGCUGUGGCUGUAGCAACCAUCUUGAGAGCCGUGCUAGAGUCGCUGGAAGGGCAGAAGUAAUCCUGCAAAUAGUGUCUGAUCAGAUUAUUACCAUCACCAGACUAAUAGUAACAGAAGAGAUCUGUUGUGCCUCACUAACAAACAAAAUGUGACUAAAUGAUAUUUGUGAUCAUUACCUCUCUGAGGCUCAGAUUUGCAAGCUAAUUUAAGUUUAACACGAUAAAUAGGCUACAGUGAAUGGAGACAAAGUAGACAGAUCUUUCUAAAAGCUCACAGUACAAAUACGUUUUUGAUUAUCAAGCUCAGAUAUACUGUAAAUCAAAUCAAAUUACCAGUACUUAUAUUAUUGUUGUUAUUAUUGAUUUGAAUGAUUAACUCUUUCCAGCUAGAGAGUUUUGUACUGCAUACGUGGUUGAAUCAUGAAUUUAACAUUCCUUCUACCAAUGAAAAACAGUAGAGAACAGUUAGUGAUGUUUGUAUAGACAUUUUAAAAGAUACUAAUAACUAGAUUUUCACAGGUAAUCUUUGACUCUGCAUGGAGACAACUAGACAUAAUAUGCUCAAAUCAAAAGCUGAAUUGAUUUGACUACAACAGUUUAGGAAAUUGUAAAAAGACAAAUGUAAAAAAACAAACAAAAAUAUUGUCAGAAUUAAGGCCAAAGAGGAAGCAAAGCAUUAGCUACCUGCACUUUCCGUAAUCACAUAUCUCAUCAGACUGUCCUUGCUGGGUGAACACCCACGUCUUUCAAAUAACUAGCUUGCAGUUUGUAACGCAGCCUUUCUGCUGAACGCGUGUUGUCUCCUCCUCAUGAUGAGCCAGCUGAUCUCUCUAUAAAGCCGGAGUGCUCCACUUAAGACUAAUAACACAUCCUGAUUCAUCGUGUGUUUUGAAAUCUCAUCGCUCUUUCAUGUUCCAAAUGUUGUACAUGGAUUAAAUGCACUUUCUUGAGACAGUGUUAAUUCAAACUAAUAAAACAACUAUCAUGCUGUGUAUAUGCAGUUAUAAUAUAUUA